AUCGCAAGAAGUGCUGUUUAGUGGGCUUACGCUCCAACUCAAAGUGUGGGGUGGCAUUGUUUUCUUUCCAUAUCUCACUUCGACAUGAUUCAAUCGAGAGGCAACAUACAAACAAACAGCAGCAGCCCUAAGUUUUGCAAUAAAAAUAGACAAGAAAUUUCCGAGAUACUCGAUUCUUGAGAUUGAGUAUCAGCAGUACAAUUUGAACCAUAAAUGAAGUGAGACAACAACGAAUGUAGUGUGGUACUUGGAAUAAGAGUGAUUCAAAAUUGUGAAAUGUAUUUUUUCUGCGAUUUUUUAAUUUUCGGUUGUCUAUUUGUAAGCGGCUUCCAUUAUGGCUAUUAUUGUAAAUAUUCGUAUAAAUAUGAUAACCUAUGGAAUCAAUGGUUUUGUUUGCUGUCGGUGCCUUUGAUUCUUGUUUUGGCUGGUGGUUGGUUUGUAAGAAAAAAUCGCAAAAGAAAAUUUCUUUUUGAAAAUUUCUAUAUAAUAUUCUAUGGAUUAAUCUGCAGUAUUAUCAGCGCUGUCUUCUUGCUUACAGACAAAGUGGAUGUAUCAUUUUAUUUCAUUUUUGGAUCGAUGGUGAUAAUUUUUUUACCCUGCUACAACUAUAUAAGCUUGCGAGUUAGCACAGAUGGAUGUCGACCAGCACGCAUCGCAUUAGGCAAUGCCAUGUUCUAUGGUGGCCUUACGGCUGGUUUUGCAAUUUUUAAAGAAUUCGAGCCAAGAUUAGCUGGUUGGACCAUAUUUGGGGUUUCCCUAUUCAUGAUUGCUGGUGUCAUCAUCAACGAAAUUCUGCAGCAAUGUCAAUGUCAGAAUUACAAAAGUUCCUGCGAUUUGGUCUAUAAUCUGCUUAAUGAAGAGAAGUUGAUAUUUGCCGAAAGGAAGGCAAUUACUUCCAUGUUUGUGGGUCGAGAUGACUUUUGUUUUAAGCAAAAUAUACAAUGGCUGACGGUAGGUUGUGCCGGCCUGUGCAUUGUGGAGCGUUGUUGCUUUUAUUCCUGGUCAUAUUUGGAGUUGAUGGAAAGUUCCACCAAAGGCUACACGGGCAGCGAUUAUUUGUAUUUGCCCUAUAUCCUUUACACCAGCGGUUGUGUGGUGAGUUCCUUGCUGAUGCUGCGCUAUAAACCGAAAUUGAUCUAUCUGAUGUUUGCUCUCAUCAAAAUCACCCUUUCCGCUGCCAUAUUGGGAGUGUACUCCGAAAUGAAUACCGAAGAUUGUUUUGUGUUACUGUGCUUCUAUUACAUAAGCAUUGGGGUAUACUCCAGCAUUGGUUUACAAAUGCUAUUGGAAUCGACGCCUUUUCUCUAUACCGAGUUGACUUUGGCCACAGCCUUUGCUCUGGAAAUGAUCAUUAUGGAGGUGCUUAAAUUCGAAUCUUUAAAUGACAAUCACUGGUCUCGCCUAUGGAUAAUGACCGCCAUAACCAUGUGUUUAACUGCCAUUUGUAUUGUCCUCAUUCAGCUGUUUCUACCGCGUUCGGUGGGUCUUAUUGAAAUUCGAAAUCGUCUAUUGGGCAUACAUCGGCAACCUGUAAAAUCCUAUGAAAAUCGUCUAUGGAAAAAUAAUUUCUUUUUGCAAAUGGAAAAACCACAAGGUUCAGUGAGUGUUAAUUUGGAAAAAGAUCGUGUUUUCCAUCAGUAUCCAGCUUUGGAUUUAGGUAGUAAAACGAAAUUUUAAAGAAAUUUUGCUGUUGAAUAGUAAAAUUUUUUCUAAAUAUUUUUUAUACAGGGGUUUUGAAGAA